CGACCGGAUGUAACGUGCCCACCAAGGGAUUGUGGGAAGUCAGACUGUCAGUGUUCGUCCUUGUGCUGUGCCUUUACCUCUUGGCUGAAGAUAACACCGACGUUUGCCAAAAUGUAUAGACAAAUUAUGGGGCUUCGGCAGCUUUCCAGGCGGACCAUUACCAGCAGUGCCCGCAGACCGGUUGAAAACUCUGUGAAGGAAAAACAAAAACUGUUUCAGGAGGAUAACGGUAUACCUAUCCACCUGAAGGGCGGCUCGAGGGACGCUCUGCUCUACAGAGCCACGAUCACUCUCACUGUGUUCGGGACUGGAUAUGUAGUGUACGAGCUGUUUAGCGCGGCAAUGCCCAAGAAGCCCCAUUGAAAGAGGAUUGGACUUAUUUAUCUGAUGAGACAAUCAUCACAUGCUGUAUGUAAUUCAUCAACUCUGUGCUCAGAUUUGUAAUCUGGGAAUCCAAUCAACUAUAGUAUGUUUCAUUUGAAAUAUUGAAUGAUUGUAAAAAAAAAAGUAAUGAGCUGCAAAUAAUAAUAAAAAAUAUA